ACAUGUUGCCUGUGUUGGUGGUCCAUGGGGGAGUGGGGAUCAUCCCUAAAGAGCGUGUGCAGCUGUCUUGUGCUGGGGUCCAGGCUGCAGUCAGGGGGGUAUACUCCAAACUCCAGGGCCAGGGCAGUGCCAUGGAUGCUGUGGUGGAGGCCGUCACUCUGCUGUGGAAUGACCCCCACUUCAGCGCAGGGCUAGGCUCGGUGUUGAACGCUAUGGGUGAGGUGGAGAUGGACGCCAUCGUGAUGGACGGGAGAUAUCUGGCCAGCGGAGCUGUUUCUGCAGUCAGAAAAGUGGCCAAUCCUGUCCAACUGGCCAGACUGGUCAUGGACAAGACGAGCCAUCUGUGUCUGACUGGAGAGGGGGCCAGUCAGUUUGCCCGGUCGAUGGGUGUACCCGAGGUGCCAGAGGAAUCACUGAUCACCGAGUAUGCCCGUAUGCGCUGGAAGAAGAACCUGGCAGCUGAUGCCAACCCGGUGGAGUGCCAGAUGGGGAAGAUGGGUACGGUAGGGGCGGUGGCGGUGGAUGCAGAGGGGAACAUAGCCUGUGCCACCUCCACCGGUGGCUUGCUGAACAAGAUGGAGGGCAGGGUGGGGGACACAGCAUGUAUCGGGUGUGGGGGUUAUGCUGAUAACAGGGUUGGAGCAGUGUCCCCGACGGGUGAGGGUGAAGCCAUCAUGAAGGUCACUCUGGCUAGACUCAUCCUGUUCCACAUGGAGCAAGGGCGCAGCGUGGAGGCAGCAGCAGACGAGGCCCUGGCCUAUAUGAAGGACAGGGUGGGAGGUCUGGGGGGAGUGGUGGUGGUAGACCCCCAGGGUGAAUGGUCUGUCCGCUUCAGCAGCUUGCAGAUGGCCUGGGCUGCAGCCCAGCAACAAACACUCCACUAUGGCCUGUACACUGGAGAACACUUCACAAAGAACAUAGACAACCCCUACUAACACAUACUUCACAUC